UGUUUCCUCCUCUACUUUGACCUCCCUUUGUACUGCAGCAUCCAGCUGAGGAGGCUUCAUUCCUGAAUCAGCCCUGGUUCAGCAACUGGACUCGGUGCUGAGAUUCUUCUGACUUUAGCAUUGGUUGUUCUACUGCCAGGAAAACAUAAAUGCAGAUGGUGGGCCAUGUCAAAAAUCUUGUCAAGAGAGUGGAUUGUUUCGCACAGAACUGAGAUGUGGCUCCUGAUUCUGGUGGCGCACUUGUUGCAAAGGAAUGUGGAUUCAGUACGUAUGCCGACUAAAGAUGUGGACCCAGAAGCAUUCAUGAAUAUUAGUGAAAUCAUCCGACACCAAGGCUACCCCUGUGAGGAGUACGAAGUCGCCACAGAAGACGGGUAUAUCCUCUCCGUUAACAGAAUUCCUCAAGGCCCCAUGGGACUUAACAAGACAGGCUCCAGGCCUGUGGUGUUACUGCAGCAUGGCCUGCUUGGAGACGCCAGCAACUGGAUUUCCAACCUGCCCAACAACAGCCUGGGCUUCAUUCUGGCCGACGCUGGUUUUGAUGUGUGGUUGGGGAACAGCCGGGGAAACACCUGGUCUCGGAAACACAAGACCCUCUCUGUAGACCAAGAUGAGUUCUGGGCUUUCAGUUAUGAUGAGAUGGCUAGGUUUGACCUUCCUGCAGUCAUAAACUUUAUUUUGCAGAAAACCGGCCAGGAAAAGAUCUAUUAUGUCGGCUAUUCACAGGGCACCACCAUGGGCUUUAUUGCAUUUUCCACCAUGCCAGAGCUGGCUGAGAAAGUAAAAAUGUAUUUUGCCUUAGCACCCAUAGCUACUAUUAAACACGCGAAAAGCCCUGGCACCAAAUUUUUGUUGCUGCCCGAUAUGAUGAUCAAGGGAUUGUUUGGAAGGAAAGAAUUUCUGUACCAGACCAGGUUUCUCCGCCAGUUUUAUAUUUACCUUUGUGGCCAGAUGAUUAUUGAUCAGAUUUGUAGCAAUAUCAUUUUACUUCUGGGAGGAUUUAACACACAGAACAUGAACAUGAGCCGAGCAAAUGUGUAUGUUGCUCAUUCUCCUGCCGGAACAUCUGUGCAAAAUAUCCUACACUGGAGCCAGGCAGCAAAUUCUGGGGAACUCCGGGCAUUUGACUGGGGAAGCGAGACCAAAAAUCUGGAGAAAGGCAAUCAGCCAACUCCUAUAAGAUACAGAGUUAGAGACAUGACGGUCCCCACGGCAAUGUGGACUGGAGGUCAGGACUGGCUUUCAAACCCAGAUGAUGUGAAAACACUGAUCUCUGAAGUGAACAACCUCAUCUACCACAAGAACAUUCCCGAAUGGGCACAUGUGGAUUUCAUCUGGGGCUUAGAUGCACCUCAUCGUCUGUAUAACGAAAUCAUACAUCUGAUGAAGCAGGAGGAGACCAGCCUUUCCCAGGGAAUGUGUGAGGUCAGACUGUGAAGCACCAAAUGCUGACAAGUCUUAGGAAAAACCUUGUGGACGAUGGUGCCAGGGUCCAUGAACAAAGGAAUUUAAGGAUUUCCAAAACUGGAAACCUAUCAUAUCAAUAGAAGGGAAGUAGAGAAGGGAAGGCGGAGAUUUAUUACAUAUUCCUUCAGAUUUCUUGCACUUGGCACUAAAACUGACACUAAAUUUUGUUUCUAGUUAACUAAACUACUCAUUGGCUAAACAUCAGUUUCAUGAGCUAUUUAUACAGGGUCCAGCAGAAGUAAGGCCUGCUUGGGUGUGGUUGGUAGGGU